UGUCUGUGACAGGCAUUGAACUUGGAGAAACUAGUCUGGUGGGUUUCAGCACACAGUGACUCAGUUACCCAUGCAGGGGCUGAACUGAAUGCCUAACAACCUCAGACUGAAAGUUGUGGUAGAGCUGGUGUCAAAGGGAUGGAGCAGUUAUGCUGGUGUCGGAGCCUCUGCACUUGACUCAUCGGAGGAAUCGAAGAACAAAUUGAAUAAGGCUUUUUCAGGUGACCUGACGGGCUUUCACAAAUGCACAAGAGAGCUUGAAUCUUUGCAGCGUAUACAUUGACUGAAGCAAGACCACUACAUGGAAGAACACAUGAGAUCUUGGUACCAUUGUCCUGCGGAGGAACUGGGCCUGAGGAAAGUCGAGGAAAGGUCCUAAGGCCCCAAGCCAUGAUCCUGGAGCCUGACUCCCAUGAAAUCCCCAUCCAAAGUUCAAGAUGAACCCUUGGAGGUCAUUCUUUCUGAGUGCCGAGCUGAUAUUCCUUGCAGUGACAGCUAUGGGAUUGCUCAUUAAGCCCCAAGAAGGCAGUGUCGCUGGAGGGACGUGGAUUACUGUUACUCUGGAUGGCUCAACAUCCCACCAGCUAGAAAGUGUGUCUCCAGCCAGCGCAUCCCCGCUGAAGGUCUUCCUGGUGAAUCCAGACCUGCCCAGGCUGCCAUGUGAUGUGUCUCCUCUAUAUUUUGACUUAUCCACCAUAAGAUGCAGAACAAGGUCUUCACCCCAGGAGGGUUCAUAUUACGUGGAGGUGAUCUUUAAAGGACGUUUGAUUAACAACCUGACUGAUGCAGAGAAAGAAAAUUAUACUUUCAAGUUCUCUGCUGCGCAGACGCCUGUGGUUUACCAAAUUAGUCCACCAUCUGGCAUCCCAGGAAAUUUAAUACAGAUUUAUGGGAAAACAAUUUCUGGAAGAUAUGAGACGCUGGACUUCAAUGUGGAUUAUAUUGAUGGGCCAGCUAUCCUUAUGGCAGAAGGAGAUGGAUGGACCAGUCUCUGCUCUUUUGCUGACAGGCGAGCUGGGAGCAUCUACCCUAUUCAGGCAGAAGAUGGACUGGGGACCUUGCAGUGCCGGGUGGAAGGGAACCACAUAGGGUCCCACAAUGUUAGCUUCUCGGUGUUUAACAAAGGAAAGUCAGCAGUACACAAAGAUGCUUGGCUCAUCAGUGCCAAACAGGAACUUUUCCUGUAUCAAACGUAUUCAGAGAUAGCCUCUGUGUUCCCAGCUGGUGGGAGCCUUGGAGGAGGCACUGAUCUUACUGUCACGGGGGAUUUCUUUGAGGAGCCGGUGCAGGUCACUGCUGCAGGUGUCCCCUGCAAAGUCAAGCAUGUCUCUCCCCAGCAAAUCAAAUGCACCACUGAGCUCAUUGGCCAGGACAGGAGGCUUGGUGCCCCCCAACCAGGAAACAGAGGGCUUCUCUUUGAAGUCUGGGAUGAUGCCUCUGAUCUGACAGAAGCAGGUCCUGGAUAUAGAUGGCAGUUUGUACCUAAUGCGAGUUCCUCAGUAAGACUUCUGUCUGGGGCAAAGAAGUCCUUCAGCUCCAGGCUUCGUGGAUUUUUUGUGGCUCCUCAGACCAACAAUUACACCUUCUGGAUUCAGGCAGAUAGCCAGGCAUCUCUCUAUUUAAGUUUAUCCCAGGAUCCAGAACAUAAGGUGAGGAUAGCUUCUCUCCCUGCCGGCAAUUCAGAGUGGUCUGAGAACUGGGUGAAGAGCUGGAGUGAGCGUUGGCAGCCAAAAUCCCAGAAAUUUGAGCUAACUGCUGGUUCGAAGUACUACCUGGAAGCGCUGCAUCAUGGAAAGGCACCCAGCAAUGGGAUGAGAGUCGGAGUCCAAAUACAUAACACGUGGCUGAAUCCUCACGUGGUGAACAACUACUACAUCGAGAGACAUGAAAUUCGGGCUCACGCCUUGCAUCUUCCAGACAUGCAGAUGUUGACUGUGUCUGGUACAGGGUAUUUCAGUAUCUCCUGGAAUAACUCAUUGCGCAGAAUGAUGCCCACAAAUGCUACGGCUCGCCAGGUGCAAACAGCAAUAGAGGAACUUCUUUCAAUAGGAUGUGAAACUGAGCCAACUUUGGCUAAAAUCCUUUUCCGUGAUGGCUUUGAGAAAGAAGAUAUGAAGGAUGUCAUUGCCACAGGACACAUCGUCAGCGGAACAGAGCCUUUCUGUGGGAGGUUCAGUGUUCACAGACCAAGCCAGCUGGUGAAAACUUCCCGCUCAACUCUACCAAGAUAUGAUCUUACCAAAUACACACAUGUGUGUUUUGCACAUAAAGGCCUUAUGAGCAAAAUCCUUAAUAUCUUGAUGUCCUACACCAACGUCUCUUUAAGUUCAGUGAAAAGGAACCUCACCUGCCUAUGGGAUUUCAAUGAAACUGACUCUAAAAGCUGGACAUUCACCUGCACUGACCUCUGGAAGGGGUGUGUGAAUCUCUCCACACUUCUCCAGGACCUCCCUGCCAAUUCCCCAGUGUUUGUGCAUCAGAUAGACUUGCUGAGCCCUGUGCUGCGAAAGAAAACAUCUGCGUCAUAUUACCUUGAUGAAGUCAUCAUCUCAGACAGAGCUGUGACUGUUUCUCGGAGACAUCCCAAGCCACCUUGGCCAGGUGGGAGGAUAGUUGAAGCAGUGUCUGUAGUAGGGUCAUCUCCCACUUACAAUGUGUCCUGGGUGGUGUCUGGCUGUGGUGCAAGUCUGCCUCUUCUCUCUCUAAGAGGUGCUUUGCUUGCGGAGGGCUCUAAGGAGUACAGCUACCUCUAUGUCGCCACGGAGGAUGUGAGGGUCAGCCUCACCAUUCAAAGAGUGCAAAAGUCAUCCCCACCUAUUGGAGGAACCUUCCACAUCCACUUGGCCAAUACAGUCAUAUCAGAUGUUUCAGUGCACAUCUCCUCCCGCCAUCUUCGCAAGCUUUUGCAAGACAACGUAGACAAUUCUACAGCCCCGUACUUCAACACCAAUGACUUCAUUGUGACCAAAGACUCAAACUCUUGCUAUGAAAGCAUCUGGACACUCACUUGGAAAACAAAAACUGGAGACUUGCCCAAUGUUAUCAGAGUCUCUGCCAAACACCUCACUGGUCUACAACCAACUGUUUCUAGUCGUGUGGUUUAUGAUGGGGGUGUAUUUAUUGGACCAAUAUUUGGGGACAUGCUUGCUACCUUCAAUAACAAAACACAGGUGGUGGUGGUGGUGAAUGAUGUCCUUGCAAACUGCUCUGGUUCAUGCUCUUUCCAGUUCAGCCAGGAGCUGACACCCUUAGUCACUGAUGUGGAGUAUUCAUCAGAUGAUAGGUCCCAGGCCACAGUAGUUAUCAGGGGAGCUGGCUUCACUGUGGAGAAGCCAGCCUUGCAAGUGGAGGUGAACAACACUAUCUGCCACGUCAUAAUGUUGAAUCAAUACAAAGUGGUUUGCCAGAUGGAGAGGCUGCCAGUUGGAGUCUACAAGCUGACACUACUGGUGAGACCUUAUGGCUUCGCACUCAAUGGCAGCACAAGAGAAGGCAUCUUCCUAAGAGUUGACCCAAAGCUGGUAGCUAUUGAACCUCCUACAGCUUCAGAGAUUGGAGGAGUGAGAGUGGUUCUCAGGGGGACCAGUCUGGAAGGGGUAAACUUGGUGUUAUUUGGCUCUCAGCCUUGCCCAGUUUUGGAGGAUGGCAGAAAUUCAACGAGAAUUGAAUGUGAAGUUCCCUCUCGGGGUACAGAAGAUGCUGCUGUCCGUGUGACACUAAUUUCUGGAUACCAGUCAACAACAGUUACCAACUUGUUCCAGUAUGAUCCUUCCUUAAACCCUGCUGUAGUAUCGCUAAGCAGAAACAGAAGUGGCAUAGCAGGGGGUCAGGAGCUUCACAUCGGAAUAUCCCAGUUUGCCAGCUACCAUGGGGCAGAUAUCAAGGUCCAAAUUGGGGGCUCAGGGGCACAGAUCCAGGUGCAGACGGACCGUGGUGUCAAUGUGACGCUUCCAGCUUUGGCUGCGGGAUGGUACAAUGUUUCUGUUAUCAUCAAUGGCGUUGCUGUCACUUCACACAGGGUUGAGCCAUUAAUCCAGUACAUCUCAGAGAUCUUCGGCAUAGAGCCAUGUUGUGGCUCCUUUCUGGGUGGAACGCUGCUCACAAUCUCUGGGGUAGGCUUUAGUCAAAAUCCUGCCCUGCUUUCUGUUUCAAUGGACAGGCAAACCUGUACGGUUACUCACUUGGCAGAAGAGACAGUUUGGUGCCUGACCCCUCCAGCUGCUAAUUUGCCCAAUGAAGAUUCACAAGACGUGUCUGUCAGAGUAAACGUAGUCAUCAGCAGUAGGUCACUUCAACAUGCUUUCUCUGCAAAAAGGACCACCACCUUUAAUUACCAAAGAGCUCUGACUCCUCUGAUUACUGUCAUUGAAACAGAAAUCACAGACAGCAGUCUGCUCUUGAGCAUCCAGGGGAUAAACAUCACUGGAUCUGUGGCUAAGCUUGGGCUCAGUGAAUGUGAUCUGGAGUUUCAACGUGGCAACAACUCUGCCAUGUUUUAUCAGUGCUCUUUGCCACUGAGCAGCCUGGAGCCUGGGACUUUCCCCAUCCAGGUUAUUCAGAGGCAGCUAGGAUAUGCUCGUGUGACAGCAAGGCUGCAGGCCCUUACAAUAACUCCACGGAUAACCUCUGUAUUCCCAUCACAAGGAUCAGUCUGUGGUGGGAUGUUACUCACUAUAUCUGGUAUUGCUUUAAAAUCCAGGAGGAAUUUGGUACGGGUCAGCUUGGGAAGUAAUUAUUCCUGCGAGAUCCAGAAUUCUGGUAACGAUGCCAUUAGUUGUACUGUCCUCCCAGGCGCUCAUCCUUUGCAUUACCGCUGGUUGGCUGAGGUGUCUUGGGUUCUUAAUGUCACAGUGACUGUCAACGGGAUCACCAGUGUCUGCCUUGGAGACUGUACACUCCACCUUCAUGAGCAGUGGACCCCCAUUGUAGAUCUGGUGACCUGGGAGAUGAAUGAGACGUUCACCUACGUGAUGAUCAAAGGACAGAGUUUGGCAUGGGCAAGCGAUAGCCCCGUGGUACAUGUGAAUAACCAGGCUGUCUGCAAGGUAACUUUCUGGAAUGAGACCAGCAUCAAGUGCCAGACGGGUUGCAUUGCCCCAGGGGAGCACAACGUUUCCGUAUCCAACAGGCAAAGUGGGCAAGCUUGCUUCAGAAAGGCGUCCAGUGCUCUCACCAUCCUGCCCCAGGUGUACCAGUUUUACCCACGGAACUUCAGUACCAACGGUGGAGGCCUACUCACCCUAGUAGGCUCGGCACUGAAAGGAAAGAGAAUGACUUCUGUUCUCAUUGAUCAUCACCCCUGCCUUGUUCUCAGUGUCACCUGUGUAGCUAUCCAGUGCACGGUGCCUCCGGGUAAGGGGACUAGGGCUUUGAGUCUAAAAGUAGAUGGCAUCUCCUAUUACCUUGGAAGGAUAAGUUACAGCGAGGAGUUCACCCCAGCUUUCCUUUCGCUUGUUGCAACUGGUCUCCUUUUAACCGUGACAGUUUCGCGAGUCACAGAGAUGGACACCAUCGACGUAUUUGUUGGAGACUUUGCUUGUAGCGGUGUCACCAUCACUCGCUCUGCUUUGCAGUGCUCAGCUCCCUGGCUCCCUGCUGGCGAGUACCAUGUGCUGGGCCUAGAUGUCCCCAGGGGCUGGGCUUCCUCCAACCUGACCUUCACCUCUCCUCUGAUGGUGGCAGCUGCCCACUACAACUGGGGUGGUUUGAACGGAGGAGCGCUUUACCUGCGUGGAACUGGGUUUUCCCCAGGGAAUACUUUGGUCACAGUCUGUGGCACCAGCUGUGGACUGUUGGGCAACAUGACGAUGACUGACCUGAGCUGCCUUGCCCCACGCUUACAUGCUUCUUUGGCCGUUCUCUGUGGCCUCACGCAUUCUUCUGUUGACUGCCGAGAAGACAGAGCCACCUUCAUCAAAUGUGAUGUCCAAGUCACCGUGGGUUCCUACCACCAGAGAGGAUAUGUGUCUUACCUGUAUGUCUGUGAGGACAGCCCACCUCAGCAGCACUGGAGGGACAUCAACCCACCCCAGAGGCGUUUUGCUGGUCUCUUUGCCAGCCCUAAAGUGGAAAGAGAUGAAGUUCUCAUCUAUAAUAGCUCCUGUAACAUUACCAUGGAAACUGAGGCAGAGAUGGAGUGUGAGGGAGCUAAUCAGCCAAUUACUGCCAAGAUUACUGAGAUAUGGAAAAACUGGGGCCAGAACACUCAGCUUGCCCUCCAGUUUUGCGGCCGGUGGGAUGAAGACUCCAGCUGGCCUGCUGGCCACCAGCCGCGAGAUGGCGAUAACGUCACGAUAGAAGGCGGCCGGACGCUGCUGCUGGGGACCACCACCACCAGGCUCAACCUGCUGCAUCUUAAAGGUGGCAAACUCUUGUUCACUGGUCCAGGACCUGUAGAACUCCAUGCUCAUUACAUUCUGAUAUCUGAUGGAGGAGAGCUCCUGGUGGGAUCCCAUGAGGCCCCUUUCCGUCACAAAGCGCACAUUUACCUCUAUGGAAGCCUCCAUUCUCCAUCAUUAUUUCCAUAUGGGGUCAAGUUCCUGGCAGUGAGGAAUGGGACCCUUUCCAUUCAUGGCUGGAUGCCCAAAGUAGCUUUCACACGCUUGAAAUCAUCAGCUCAUGCUGAUGACACACGAUUAGUGCUCCAGGAACCUGUUGACUGGCAACCUGGUGAUGAAAUUGUGGUGGGACGGACCAGCCUUGGAGAUGCACAGCAGCAAGAAGAAAUGGCUAUUAUUGAGUCUGUGAACGACACGGAGCUGUACCUUAGAUCACCGCUCAGGUACUCCCACGGUGCUGGAGAGGAGUGGGUGAAUGGCCAAGGUCUGCGUUUGAGUGCUGUGGUGGCACUGAUUAGCCGAAGGGUUGCUGUUCAAGGAAAUGCCACGAUGGAGAGGAUGUCACACCUCAGACAGUGUGUAAAAGCAGGUGUUGCAAGAGGUGGCUCCGGGUGUCUGUACAAGAGAAGCGAGAGGCAGCUAGGGUCUCAGGACCUGGGCGCCAUCAUGGUUGUGGAGGCCUUCCAGGGAGAGGCGAGCCGGCUCCGAGUGGAGGGGGUCCAAUUCCGCCACGUGGGCCAAGCAUUUCAGCAGCACUGCAGUGCCCUGACUGUUGCUGGCAAUGCACGGAUGGCAGACUCUUACAUACGUGGCUGUUGUGUCUUGGACUCUUUUGGCCAAGGACUCCGUCUGAUUGGCAUCUCAGACUUUGUUGUGGACAGCAAUGUUUUCUAUAACAUUUCAGGCCAUGGGCUUCUGUUGGGAGAAGGACCAGAAGAGGGGAACAGAGUCAGUAACAACAUAGUGAUUGGCCUUUCGGGAACAGACAGUUUAUCCAACACUGAGACACUGUCACCAGCAGGGAUCUACAUCAGGGCUCCUGCCAACCAUAUCAAGGGUAACACAGUGUGUGCUGCUGGAUAUGGUUAUUUCUUUCAUCUCUCCCCUGAGGGACCAUCCAAAAUGCCUCUCCUGUCCUUCAGUGACAACGAAGCUCAUUCCUGCACAAGGUAUGGGUUGCUGGUGUACCCAGAAUAUUUGCCAGACAGCCCACACAGACCUGUGCAGCUCAGCAGCUUCACAGCUUGGAGCAGCCGAGGUGGAGUUCAGAUUUUUAGUAGCAGCAACCUUAAACUCCAACAUUUCUGGAUUUACACUUGCAAAGACUUUGGCAUUGACAUUGUAGAAAGCCUGGGAAACACUUCCGUAGCUGACAGUGUUUUAAUUGGACGUGUUGGGCAAAAGGAUAGGACAUGUAUGUCAGCAGGACUAAAAACUCCCAAAAGAUACCAGGUAUUUGUCUCCAACACAACCUUCAGGAACUUUGAUGUGAACACUUGCACAGCGAUCAGGACUUGUUCUGGCUGUUACCAAGGGCAGGGUGGAUUCACAGUGAGAGCUGAAGGUCUGACCUUCAUCAACUCACCUUUCCAAGUGUCCUUCCCCUUUCCUCACUCUGCCAUCCUUGAGGAUCUCGAUGGCUCUGUCACGGGGCAGAAAGGAAGUCACCUCCUCCCUUCUACAGAUAUCCUUGCACUAUUUUGUACAGCCAGUGCCAACUUCAGUCAAGAUUCUGGUGGCAGUGUUUGUGGCAGUGACCUUGUUAUCCACCGUAUGUCUCUUCACAUAAAAGAGGCUCCAGACAUUCCCUAUAAUUUAACUGUGAGUGACAGUAGGAAUAAGACGACCACAGUCAAUUAUGUCCGUGAUACUUUAUCAAACCUGUAUGGCUGGAUGGUUCUCCUCUUGGAUAAAGAGACUUAUGCAUUGUCAUUUGACAACCCUUUGGUCAGCAAACAGCUCCAGUAUUCAGUGACGUUUAGCAACUUCAUGACUGGGAAUUACUUGCUGGUAGAACACAAAGAUCUUCCUGCUCAUCCUGAGGUUGUGGUGUCCUGUGGGACAAGGACUGGACAGCCACUCCAAUCGCUGCCUUCAUAUGGACAUCAUAGGAGCUGUGACUGGUAUCUUGACAGCGGCCUGAGGAAGCUAACUUAUUUGGUCACAGGAGCUGACUUAAUUCAGGUCACACUGAAAGAGAAGGAAAGCUCGGCUUCACCUACCCCAGUUCCUUCUGAUGCUCUCUUGAAAUGGUCACACCCGGAGACAUGGAAUGAUGUGGAUAAAGGCUGGGGUGGAUUCAACUGCAGCGUCCCAGGCCCUGGGGAAGACGUCAUCAUCUUACCUAAUCGGACCAUCCUGGUGGAUACGGCUCUUCCCACUCUGAGAGGCCUUUACAUUCUGGGGACUCUCGAGUUCCCCAGCAACUCCAGCAACGUCCUGAGCGCAGCCUGCAUUGUGGUGCUGGGGGGUAUGCUGAGAGUUGGUUCUUUUCAACAUCCCCUAGAAAAGGAUUUAAAGCUGUUGAUCCUUCUUCGGGCAUCUGAAGGGAUUUACUGUGAUCGUCUGGAGGAAAUAAAUGUCCACCCAGGGAAUAUUGGGGUUUAUGGACACGUGCAAAUUUAUAGUGCUUAUCCUAAGAUGUCUUGGACACAUCUGGAAACUAAUGUUGCUCCUGGCAAUGAAAGGAUUUUUGUGGAGGACGAAGUAGACUGGAAUUCUGGUGGAAAUAUUGUGAUCAGCUCUUCCUCCUAUGAAGCCCACCAAGCUGAAGUAGUUACACUUAAAGAAGUCAAUGGUCAUAGCAUAAGAAUUCAUGAACGCCUUCUGCACAGGCACAUUGGGCAUUCCCAUGACACAGAAGACGGUAGACGCAUCCCUUUGGCUGCGGAGGUUGGACUCUUAACACGGAACAUACAGAUAAAAUCUGAUGUGGUUUGCACUGGGAGGAUGCUGGUGGGACGUUUUACAGACUCUGGUGGAAGAGAGUUUGAAGGUGUCCUUCAAAUCUUAAAUACAGAAUUUUUGAACUUUGGGCCUCCUCAGCUUUCUGCCGUCGAAUUCAGGAACAUAUCUCAAAAGUCCUCAGUGGUGUCAUCCAGCAUCAGUAGUAGCUGCGGAGCUGGCAUUAAAGCGGUCAUGAGCAGCUGGAUCUUGUUGCAUGAUAACAUGGUGUUCAAUACAGUUGGACCUGGCAUUGAUUUGGAAGGGCAAAAUCAUUCUCUCAUCAGGAACCUUGUUAUUCUGAGCAGGCAGCCAGAAGGCUCACUAAACUGGGUUGCUGCCAUCAAGGUGAACCUUGUAAUUGGUGUCUCCCUCUGUGGCAAUGCUGUGGCAGGAUCUGAGCGAAUUGGCUUCCAUAUCAGGGGCCAAGAUUGUUUGUUAGAUGGAGAGUACUGCAGUGAAAAUGUGGCUCAUUCAUGUCUCCAUGGUAUUCAUCUCUAUCAGGAAGAUGGAUUUCAGACCUGCACUAGAAUCACAGGCUUUCUAUCCUAUAAGAAUUAUGACUAUGGUGUCAUGUUCCAUCUUGGAAGCAGCGUCGUCAUGGACAAUGUGGUGCUGGUGGACAACACCGUGGGUCUCAUGCCAGUAGUGUACUGUCUCUACGCCAUGCAAUGCCACACAGGGAAAAGAUUCAUAGAGCUUAGAAACUCCAUCAUUGUGGCAACAAGCUCAACUUUUGACUGUAUCACAGACAGGAUCAAGCCUCACUCAGCUGAUCUAACAGCCAAGGAUCGACCACCAUCCUACCCUCUAAGAGGCCGUGUUGGGAUUUUAUGGCCUACAUUUACCACUGUUCUCAGCCAAAGGCCAGAAAACCCAUGGCACAAGACUGGGCAUUGUCCAAAAGUCCUGGGGCUCAUGAAGCUGAAAGAAGUCACCUUUACUGGUUUUACAAAAAGCUGCUACAGUGAAGACAGGGAUGUCUGCAUCAUGUCAAAUGCUGACCAUUUAGGCAUCAUGCCUCUUAUCACAGCAGAGUCAUCAAGGAUGUUACAUGUCAAUGAGAGGGACAAGUUCUACUUUCACCCAACAAGUGUACAGACUUCUGAAGACACCAUGUUCCCUGAAAAGAGAUGCAAAGGCUCGAGGAAGGCGCUUUUCAAGGAUUUGGAUGGAGGUGUCUUGGACCUAGAUCCACCUGUUUCUGUUUUCCCAAAGUCAGAAUUUGAAUGGAUACAGUUCUACUUGCAAGCUGGAAUUUACAGAGAUGACAGCAUGUGCAUCUUCAAGCCCUCAGUACAAGGCUACUUCUGCAAACAGGCAGAUCAUGCACUUGUCAUCCUAGAAAACUUGGACCCCGGUAUGAGCAGCCAGAGGCUGUUUCCAGUGGUAGUAAUGACUGACAGCUUUAUGGACACCUUCAGUGAUGUGACUCCACACACACUGUGUAAUCCUGAAGAGCAUCGUUCUACUUUCUUUUCUGUGUUGCCAUCCACCAAACUCACUACAGUUUGCUUCCCAGACGUAGCCCCUCUGACUUUCAGACUCUACCUCCUCAGUGGCCGAAAUGCAACCAGACUUCCCCUAGCUAUAUUUUACAAUGAACCACUCAGCCUUCGUGUUUUCAUUCAAGGGAAAUAUGUCUCUCCAACCCCAUCUUCUUUUUCAACGAACGAAGGGGCAGGAACCAAUUACUUUAGCUUUGAGGACAAUCUUCUCUAUGUUAUGCUCCAUGAGAAGGAACCUGUUGAAAUAGUUGCUGACCUUUCCCUUCUUGUAGCUUUCACUGUAACUGAGGCUGUUGGGGAAGAGGUUGAGGCACGUAUAAUACGUCGAUUAGCUGAUUUCUUGAGGAUUGGUCAUGACCAAGUCAGAGCAGUGUAUCAUGUGCUGGGAGGUGAAAGCAUGUUGAAAGUGAUUUCGGCCAAUGCUAGCAAAAAGAAAUAUCACUGCCCUAACAUGGCAUUUUGCACAGCCUUUCACAGCAGGUAUGGCUCAGAGAAAACGGGGAGAGGACCAGUGAGCACCCGAGCUCUGCAGCCAUCUGAUGCAGCUGGUCCAUCAAGAGUGCUGAUCAUUGAAUUUGGUGACCCACCAGGCCAUCCAAGAAAUGAGUCAACAAAUGACAUCUUAAAGACUUUGGCCAGAACGAUUAUCAACACUCAUCAGACUGGAGACCUCCAGAAAGGCCUUGGCUUGCCUAUUGAUACCUUGAUGGUGACUCAGUCUGCCUUACUCUUUCCAGCAGAAGCUAACAAUAGAAAUGGAAGCAGACAACAUCCGGAAACAUGCUUGUACGUGAGACCUUACAACAUCUCAGUUCAGGUGCAGCCCUCAGACGGAGAAAUCGAGAAGCAGCUUCCUGUACAGCCAAAAAUCAUUUUCCUGGACAAGAAGGGUCAAAGAGUUGACAAACUGGGGCCUCCCUCCGAACCCUGGGUUGUAUCAGCUCACCUCAAGGGAUCCUCCAAGGCUGUGCUAAAAGGGCUUACCCAAGUGCAGGUCAUAGAUGGAUGUGCAAGCUUUUCCAGUCUGGCUGUCUCCAGCUCAGGUACAAACUGGAAACUUGUGUUCACUGUCACAUCACCUCCAGGGGCUAAGUUUACUGUGCUGUCUCAGCCUUUUACCAUCUUCCCUGUCCCCAUGGGAGCAAAGGCCAGCAUGAUCCUUGUUGUCAUACUGAGUUCAGCAGCAUCUGCAUUCAUCCUCGCUCUUGCACUCUGCUGGUUCAAGAAGAGCAAAAGCAACACAACGAGGAUGGAACAGGCUGAUGUACAGCAGGCCAGUACCAAGGGACCCCGUAAACAAGUGCAGCCUCAUGCAGCUCACAUCCAGCCUUGCUACAAUCAAGGAGAAAAUAGAAGUGGUGUGCCUAUAGCAGGAGAUAUGGAAGGAACUGGAGCAGUAGGAUGUGCCCCAGGACAACUGGAGGAGCUGAACCUGCAGCCCUGAGAAGCCAAGCCAGUGAGAAAGAUGAGCACUGUGCAGCGUAAGACAGGUGACAGAGACACCCUUGCUUCAGCUAGGAAAAGUGAUAGUCACCAACAGCUAUAUGGAGGAACAUCUCCUGGUGACUCUCUGCAACUUCAGCAGCCAGCUGUCCCGGGAUGCUCCAGCCAGAAGGAUGCUCCUCAGCCUUCAGCUGGUUACAAGAAGGAAAGAGAGAUGUCUGAAAGGAUGCCCAACCAUCAGAAUGAUGUCGGAGAGCAUGUUGCUGUGGUAGCAGCAGAGGUGUAAGAGAAGUGAUGUGAGAUGGUGGACCACUGACAAAGCAGACUUUGCCUCAUAGUCAAUGGGAAGCUGAGUCUUUUGUCUCUGUGGUCAGAGAAAAACAGACACAUAUUGGCACAGGGAGCCAGACGGCCACACGUACAAAUGAACCCCUUGGAUCUGCAGCCAGCUGGUAGACUCUGGCCAUGUCAGUGUUGACCUUUCUUAGCUUCUAAAACAGGAUGGGUGCAUUAAAAUUGCCUGUUGAGAACAGUCCUUCUGACACCUCUAAAACUCUCUCCAAGUGUUGUUUGGGGGAGUGUUAGAUGGCUAACCAGGUCAGCUUUGAGAUUACAUCCAAAAGCAUUCGGGGGUUAGCCUACCAAUUAACAGUCCAGAUGAUUGGAUUUCUGACACUUUAAUAUACCAGCACUGAUGUAGUUCUUAGUGUCUAGAACAAUGCUGAUCGGUAUGUAUGCAUAUAUAUAAAUAUAUAUAUGCAAAUAUAUACGAGUUUUCCCAUUUCUUCCAAUCAUGCCUUUAGUUUUGUGUGCAUAAAUCUCUUCCUUUUUCUGAGGAAAAAACAAACAUGUAUUCAACUUUCGUCUCAUUGUGACUUGAAUAAGUGCUUCUAUUCCUCCUUUGUGAAAUCUGUGUUGGUUUUUGUUGAUUUUUUAAAAUUUCUUUUAAAUCAUUUUGCUGAGUUAAAUCUUCACCAUGGCAUUGUUUUCAAACAGUCUUAAAUCACUGGCUUGUUAUGAACAUUACUCUUUAUGAAUGAUAAUAAUAACGUUGAUGUUCUUUGGUUGCUCAGAGAAUUCCUGUGUUUUGCUUUACUGAGCUGGAAGAUGAGGAACUUUAUUAUGCCCUCUCUGUACCAUAAAAUUCUUGGUUGCAAGGUGUCCUGGUGGCACAAGAUAAAAUUUAUAUUCCUCUGCAGGAAAAAUACUUCAUCAGGAAGAUGAGGUUUCUGACCAGAUCAGCAGGGGAAGAGAAGGUAAGAAACCUUGAUCUGAAAAAAAACCCACCCAAACAACCAGAAACCAGUUCACUUCAAGUUGAAGGAGAUAAGGUGCAGAUUCUUGUCAGUGAGCUACGCGGUUCUCUAAGCACAGAAGCAUGCUCACCAGCAUUGGUUUAUACACUAUGGUGUGUUUAUAAGCAUCAUUUUCAGGUGUAAUCAGAUGGAUUCCAUGCUGAGCUAGGCUUCUGCCUGACGGCACAGGAGCUUUUCUGGCUUAAGACAGUUGAGGAUGAGGGUCUUACAUUAUCAAGUGCAACAGAUCAGCAUUUCUGACCUCUUCCAUGGUAUGGAAAAGCAAUUUACUACAGUAUUUUCUGCAGAGGCCAAAAUAGUGGUUUAUGUGAAUCAACAUGGUAGAUCCCUAAGUCUUGUGAUUCAGGGUCCGAAUAAAAAAUUAUACCUUGCAGAGACAUCCAGGUUUGGUGAAAUGAUUUGGAGACCCUUCCCUUCCUUCACAGCUGAUAUCAAGUCUUAGAUACUUUCAUGUGGUAGGAUAAUUCCUUUCCUCUCUGCAGAACUACAAUUCCUCCCUCCCCUAAACUCCGCUCCCCUCCAGUAAUUCUACGCAUAGUAAGUGACUCUAUCACAUCCAAGCAGUGUGGAAGCAAAUAAUAUAUAAUUACAAAUGUCAGAAUGUAUGCAAAUAAUAUGCAAAUAAUAGUGAAUGUAAAUUAUAUGCAAACAUUAUACAAUGAAGCCUUCUUUUGGGGGAAAAAUCAGACAUACUGGAAACAGUUAAGGGCUUUAAUUAAUCCUUUAAUUCAUAAUCCUUGCAUUUAUCCAUACUUUGUUUACAGAAUAAGUAAUGUCUUGCAUGUAUAGACUUCUAAAGGCAUAAGCAGGGCUAAAAAAUCUUUGAUUGCAGCAUUGUUUCUCUUGAUUUCCCACACUACUGUACAUUAAUUGGGUGAGUGGUGGACCAUGGGGAAGCAGUGGGGAGAAAGUGAAGCAAAAACUAAUGAAAAAUUAGUGCAAACAAGAAGUGAAUCCUGAAUAAAUAAGAGAUUUAGGGGAACCUGUUUAUCAGGAAAAAAAUCACUGUAGUGAUGAGAGAGAAAGAUGUGACUGAGACUUCGUGGUUGAAGAACAUGAUUGAAAAUGAGAUGGUAUCUUUUCCAAAAAUAAUUGGUUCUAGACUGACUUCAGCAACACUUGGAUUAAAUGGGAUUCUACUGCUUUGUGGCUGAUGGAGGUCCACGUUUAUUUUGAAAAUUUUUCCAUCUAGACAGGCAAAGGAAAAAACCAGCCUCUUGCUCUUACAGGCAAUGUAUGGUUAGAUGAACAGACAUACCCAGACUGCUCCAGGAUGUCCUGGGCAGGGCAAGGAAAGAGAACACACAUCUCAUGUCCCAAGCCAGAAGCUUCAUUUUACAAUAGUUUGAAUAUCAGCUUGGCCUAUAGAACACCUUCAUGUCAUUACUGCCUUGCCAUCAGAACUUUUGGUGAUCUUGCUCAAGAUUCUUAGUCUUUACAUUGUUGAGUUCUCCUUAAUCCUUACACUAUAAUUAGGGCAACAGUGGCUUCCACCUUUGCAUGGACUUUUUAUGGAUAAAUCCAUGUGUUGAAAUGCUCCUUGAUAAGAAGAUAUUAUACAUUCCAAAAGGCAAUGUGCGGGCAAGACAGUAGGGAUGGAAUGGAAGAAACCAGAGGAAGAACCCACAGUGUGAUGCGGGUUACCCACGAGGAAUGGGGUGCCUUGAUAGACUUGAGGUUGUUAAGACUUCUGGGCCAACUGCAAGGCGUUCAUCUGAAAGGAGUUCACUUGUUUAUACACUCAAAGUCCAGCUUCUGCAAGGACACAUGAAAAGGCAGCAUCAGGAUGUCAGCUCAGCUUUUCAAAGAAACCUAUAGGCAUGUUGUGGCAAAGACUUGUGCUCUAGCUCAGCCCACAUUCAGGCCAGCCCUGCAAGGGACAUUAAGCCCUUUCAGCACAUCUACUUAGGCUUAGCAAAGUGCUAACUUCCCCACACUGAACACCAAGGAAGCCUUCAAUGUGCAGGCCAAAUGAAUGUAAAAGUCUCUGCAUCUGCCUGUGCAGAUCCAUCCUCCGAGACUCAAAGUCUUUCUUGACCAUCUUGUUAAGUGUCAGUGAAAUUUGACAAGUUUGAUUCCACUGCAGACAACAGCAAAAUUUUAAUGAAGUUUGCUAGAUUUGGGGUUUCCACCUGCUAAUCUCUUCCUGUCCCAUCUCCAAUAGCACUUGAAUUCAGUUAAUUGUUAUAAAUAGGAGGGUAGCUGAAAGGAUGCCUUGUUCCUAACCAGGCUCUCAAGGCUUGUCUGAAUUCCCAGACUAUGUAUGGUCAAAAUUGUUCUUCUUCCUUUUUAUCCUCCACCCCCCACCCCAUUUUGUGGAUGUAGUAUUUUCUCUUCUUAUGUCUGAAGUAGAGGAGUGCAUUACAGACAAAUUUGCCUAAGGCUUUGGGCCACAGUUGAUGAGACUUCACAAAGAUACAGGAACAGGCACACCGACAGAAAAAAGAAAGCCUGUGAAAAAUUAAAAUGACAAGCCUGGUUAGGGAGCAGAGAUAACUGGUGAUGUAGUAAAAUUAAUUACAGUCUAGGUUGAAGGAAUUGUGUGCCUAAGACAAAAUUAAAAAAAAAAAAAAAAAAAAAAAGAAACCAAAUAACAGCAAUGAGAUUAUAAACCCUUUCAUCAUCUCUAUAUGGUAUAACUUCCAAUCCCUAUUUAUUAUGACAUUUAUUAUGGCAUUUAUUUCUAUAGGAUGAGAGGUAUAAAUGGCAAAUAAAGGAGGCAAGUGUCCGGUCAGAAGGCUUUUUUGUGAUCUUCUGAUUCUGGAAUGAAUAGACUUAAUAAGAGUGAAAUUAAACUCAAAACCAAUCUUCAGUGCACUAGAAACUGUGUGAGAAAACCUUCACUGGAUCGGGAAAGCUGCAUGAUGCAACACUCCAAGGGUGGUUAUGGGUAUCUCCUGGUUAUACAGAUUCACAGGCUUCUUAGAUUUAUUUUUUUUACAAUCAUUAUGCAUUUGCCAGGACUUGAAAUUAUUCCAGCUUUGUACCUACUAAAAGGUGAGAAACAUUGAGUGAUGAUUUGUUGAUCAACAUAAAGACAAUUGGAAGAACAAAAGCCAGGCCCUACCAUAGGGUCAUUCCAAGAUUCAAGAACGUAGCA